AAUACAACUCUGUGGACACUCAGCAAAUUUUAAUUUUCAAUUUUAUGCUGGCAAUACUACAACAAAUGACAAACGAAAAACGCACUGUAAUUGUAGAAGUGAAAUAAAGCAAAUUUUUGCAAUACAAAUUUUAUAAUUUUCCAACAAAUUAAGAGAGUAAAAAUCGUAAUUAAAAAACGAGCAAAAUGCCAAGCGAAGCCGCAAAAACCGAAAAGAAACCUGCCGCUGCAGCAGAAGAAAAGAAAGAACAGGACCCUAAAGCUGCCGACAAUAAAGAUGCUAAGGAUAAGGAUGAAAAGGAACAAGAAUUGUCUGAUGAAGAUCAACAAUUACAAGAAGAAUUAGAUAUGUUGGUGCAACGUCUGCAAGAGACCGAUACAAAAUUGUAUCUACCAGCUUUGGAAAUGAUGGCUAAAUUGAUAAGGGCCUCUACCACGUCAAUGACCUCAGUACCAAAGCCACUUAAAUUCAUGAGACCCCAUUAUGAAACUAUGAAAACUUUGUAUAAACAAAUGCCUGACGAAAAGACUCGCCACCUCUGCGCCGAUAUUAUUUCGGUAUUGUCCAUGACCAUGGGUAGUGGCAAAGAUUGUUUGGCCUAUCGUUUCUUGUGUGAUCGCGCACAAAAAAUCGGUGAAUGGGGUCAUGAAUACGUGCGUCAUUUAUCUGGUGAGAUUGCUGCCCAUUAUUUGGAUACAUCUGGAGAGUUUCAGGCCCAACUAAUAGAACUGGUCAAACAGAUUAUACCCUACAACAUGGAACAUAACGCUGAAGCAGAUGCUUGUGAUUUACUGAUUGAAAUCGAUCAUUUACAUUUGCUACAAGAGUAUGUAGAUGAGUCAGCUUAUCCUCGAGUGUGCUUGUAUCUACAAUCUUGUUAUCCAUACGUACCAGAACCGGAUAAUACCAUUAUUUUGGAGACUGCAUUGCAGUUGUCACGCAAGUUUAAUCAGUAUACCCAGGCUAUGCGACUGGCAUUAAUGCUGAACGAUAUGGAAAAGAUUACCGAAAUUUUUAAGGAGACCAAAGAUGCUGCGGUUCAAAAACAAUUGGCUUUUAUGUUGGCCAGACAACAAGUAUGUUUGGAAUUGGAUGAAUCUUUUCCCGAUUAUGACGAUCUCAUGGAGAUUAUGUCAAAUGCUAAUUUGAAUAAGCAUUUUUUGAAUUUGGCACGAGAAUUGGAUAUUAUGGAACCGAAAACACCCGAAGAUAUUUAUAAAUCUCAUUUGGAUAAUGCUCGUACCCGAUUUGCUUCUAUACAGGUAGACUCUGCUAAACAAAAUCUUGCAGCCAGUUUUGUAAAUGGUUUUGUUAACGCUGGUUUCGGUGUCGAUAAACUUCUCUCGGAGGAUGGAAAUAAGUGGCUGUACAAGAAUAAAGAACAUGGCAUGCUUUCAGCUACUGCUUCUUUGGGUCUCAUUCUCUUGUGGGAUGUUGAUGGUGGUUUGACCAUGAUCGAUAAAUAUCUAUAUUCUACCGAAGACUAUAUCAAAUCGGGUGCCUUGUUGGCUUGUGGUAUUGUCAAUUGUGGCAUACGCAAUGAAGUAGAUCCCGCUCAUGCUCUGCUCUCAGAUUAUAUUCAUAAUCAUAAUACUUCCAUGCGUAUUGGUGCCAUUUUGGGCUUAGGUAUUGCCUAUGCCGGUUCAAAUCGUUCUAUUGUUAUUGAUACCUUAAAAACAGUAUUCUCACACAAUGACAAAUCCAUACCCAGCGUAGAAAUAAUGGGUAUAACAGCAUUGUCGUUGGGUCUUAUUGGUGUGGGUUCUUGUAAUGCUGAAAUCACUGAAUUUUUAUUGCAAACCAUCAUGUUCCUAACUAAAAGCGAUUUGAAAGAUACUUUCGUUCGUUUUCUAUUUUUGGGAUUGGGUUUGCUUUACUUAGGCCGUCAAAAGGCCACAGAAGCUGUAAUGCUGACAUUGGAAGUGUUGGAUGAACCCUACAGAUCAAUGGCUACUACUAUGGUAGAUAUCUGUGCCUACGCCGGUACUGGCAAUGUUUUGAAGAUCCAACAAUUGUUGCACAUUUGUUCCGAUCAUUAUGAAACUUCAAAUAGCAGCGACGAUAAUGAUAAAAAUAAAAAGGAUAAAAACAACAAGGAAAAGGAUAAGGCCGAAAAAGAGAAGGAAAAGGAAAAAGAUCUUUCUGCUACUCAAUCUAUUGCAGUAUUGGGUAUUGCUCUCAUUGCCAUGGGCGAAGAUAUUGGUGCCGAAAUGGCCUACCGUUCGUUUGGCAAUCUCUUGCGCUAUUGUGAACCCUGCGUAAGACGUUCUGUACCCUUGGCUUUGGGUUUGCUUUCUGCCUCUAACCCUAAACUUAACAUUUUGGAUACUUUGAGUAAAUUUUCUCAUGAUAGCGAUGCUGAGGUAGCUCACAAUGCUAUAUUUGCUAUGGGUCUUGUUGGUGCUGGCACCAAUAAUGCUCGUUUGGCUGCCAUGUUACGUCAAUUGGCCCAAUAUCAUUCUAAAGAUCCCAGCAACCUUUUCAUGGUGCGCAUCGCACAAAGUUUAACACAUUUGGGCAAGGGUACCCUUACCUUAAGUCCUUACCACAGCGAUCGUCAAUUAAUGAAUCCGAUGGCCGUUGCUGGUCUUAUGGCAACUUUGGUAUCUUUGUUAGAUGUUAAAAAUCUUAUUUUAGGUCGCUCUCAUUAUUUGCUGUAUUGCUUGGUGCCGGCCAUGCAGGCCCGCAUGUUAAUUACUUUCGACGAAGAUCUUAAUCAAUUGCAAGUUCCCGUACGUGUGGGUAUGGCUAUUGAUGUGGUCGGUCAAGCUGGUAAACCCAAGACCAUUACUGGUUUCCAAACACAUACAACACCCGUACUUUUGGCUAUGGGAGAACGCGCAGAAUUAGCCACAGAGGAAUACAUUGCAUUAACACCUAUUAUGGAAGGCUUUGUUAUACUAAAGAAAAAUCCAAACUUUGUGAAGUAAAAGUGAUUAAAUUAAAUAUGGCUAAAUUUAUAAUUUUAAUACAAACUAAAUUAUAUUUUGUGCUGUCUUGAUUUCUAAUAUAAUUUAUAAGAUUUAAUUUCUUUUAAUAUUCUAUAAUAGGCAUUUAAUAUUGCGCCACUUUAAGGCUUCAAAAAAUGCCAAUUCAAAUAUUAAGGUCCUCCAUCAUUCAUGUCAAAGAGGACACUAAAAUCAUUAAUAUAAUUUUUCAUAAUACGAUCAAAUAUUGUGUGAUUUAAAACAUUUACACUGUUGAGCUGUUUAAUAGAACAAAUCACUGUAAAAAAUUGCAAA